AUGGUGCAUUUCCACAUUGGAGAUCAUAUCUCUACUCUGCGCCUUGAGGAUAUGAAAGUUGGGAACACAAUUGCCCUCAUGGUGCCAGAGAAGCACAAUUUUGUAGACAAGACGCUGGGCAUCAAACACUCGCGGCAGGACACAGCUUUCAUCUUUCGUUCAGCGCUGCAUCCUUUGAUUUCAGAAGGCGAGAAAAUCAUGGAGGGUGAGUUUUGCUUCCAGUGCCGCACACCGACGUCGUCGCGGUGUGCAAAGUGCGGCAUUGCACUCUACUGCAGUAAGAGCUGCCAAGACAAGCAUGAGUUGCAUAGAGGCUUGUGUCCUCAAAUGACUGUUCUCCGAAACCUGUUGCACAUGGACUUCGCCGCGCCACCCGUAGCAGCGUUGCAGACGUGCGCAACUUUGGCUUGCCGAAGUGCUUGUGCACUACCCCGUCCCUGCCCUUGCUGUGGAUUCCAGGACAAGGAGCUAGGCAACAGUGAUGAGUGUCCCGGUCGUGGGCUACUCAACCAUCUCGACUAUCCACCUGCAGCGUGCCUCCCGCGCAAAAGUGAUGCGAGUCAACAGUUCUACUACACACCUGAGGGUGUUCCAAGACGGCACUGGGCCUUAGUCGCGGAAGUGACGCAGGCUUUGCCGGACAUGAUUGUGGCAGAGACCAAAUUUGGCGAGGAAGUGUGCUUGAAGACAAAUGGCUCCUUGAACACAUCCGUCUGGAAGCAUGGCAACUGCAUCAUUGCUUUUUACGCCCUGCUUGCGGACAGCAAGACCGAUGAGAUGCCAGAGUUGAAGAUUCAGUUCGAUGAGAUGCAAGCCUUGCAGAUCCAAACCAGGGAGGGCUUACGAGAGCUGCUAGCUGCAGAGGCAGAGGUUCUCGCAAAAGUCCCUACAACAACGACGGAUGCGAGGAAGGCGUGGGAGAAAGGGGUACCCUCACCCAUGACAUUCGGCAAGAACCUCCUAAGCAAUCUCCACGUUCAUGAUGAAACGGUGGUGACCUACUUGGCUUACUUGCAAGUGAUGGACUGUUUCCGCGACUAUUGCAGCGGCCCAUGGGACUGUCAUCGGUUGACAGUCCCAUGGGCCGCACGGUCCAGCGCGGCUCCAUUCCAAGACAGCGUAGACUCUGUAGACAGUGCUGGCCCAACCUGUGCAACGAGGGAGAAGGAGGUGAACACGCAAGGCAUGGAAGCAGAGAAGCCUGAAACAUGCGAGCACCUUGACUCUCCACCGUCGCCACCCACGCCGGAGCAGGAAGGUACCCUGAAACCGAGACACAACAGGACAUACACUAAGGCUGAGGUCUUUGCCGACUUGCAGGCCUUGUUGGCUGACUAUCCCUCCGGUCUUGCCAGCAGCAAGCUUCCAGAAGCCUUCCAGUCAAGGUACAGCCGACCGCUCAAGCCGAAGGCAUUUGGCUUCAACUCGUGGAGGAAGCUCUUGGAGGCUUGCCCCGGCUUGAAAGUUUCGGGAGAGGCUGGACAGGACAUGUUGGUCAAUCUCAAAAGUUCCGCGGCGGGGCACCCUCAGACCACCACCAGCGCACUCACGCCAACGAUUCCUACGCCUUUCCCGCACUUUGGUCCAAUACAGCUGAAGCCAAGCAACAUCUUCUUCACACACGACAGCAUCCUGAGCAAGUUCAGAGAUGGGCGACUUGUGCGAGAGACGCUUCGGCAGCUGCGCGCAGGUGACAUCCAACCCGACGCCAUUCCAACCAUGAAGGUUUGCCACCACGCAGCUGCGGGGUACCCUAUCCGUUUCUGGACGUACACUGGAAAUCGCCGACUCUGGGUCUUCAGGCAGCUGGAAGAAGAGGGCUUGAUAAAGGAGGUGGGUGUGCAGUUUGUGAACAAGAUCGUGCCAGCUUUUCGGUUAACCACCCGGAAUGGCGGCGUUUCUCUCCGCAUCCGUGGUGAAUAG